AUGAAUUCAACAUUUAAUAAUAUUUCAUUUGACAACCAAAUGGAUUUGUAUAAUUCAUUAUCUCCUGCCAAAGUUUCUCAAGCAUCACCAGCAUUACCAACAUCAUCAUUGUCACCAUCUAAGACCCCACCAGAAAAUUUUGUUUGUGGAGGUUGUAAAAAUGUCAUUAAAGAUAAGUACAUGCUUGAAGGUAACAACCAAUAUUGGCAUGAAGAUUGUUUACAAUGUGUUUGUUGUCGUUGUCGUUUGGGAGAAGUUGGUAAUACUUUUUAUUUUAAAAAAGAAAUGACAUUAUGCCAACGGGACUACAUGAGAUUAUUUGGUGUAUCAGGAACAUGUACUUCUUGUAAAAAGCAUAUCAAUGCAUAUGAUUAUGUCAUGUGGUCAAAAAAUAAUGUUUAUCAUUUGGAAUGUUUCUGUUGUUCAGUUUGUAAUCAGAAAUUUUGUGUUGGUGAUAAAUAUUUUGAGAAAGACGGCAAAAUCAUAUGUUUAUCUGAUUAUCAAAAAAACUUUAUUGAAAAGGAUGAAAGUAAUGAUGAAGAUGAUGAUGAUAUUCAAGCUAAUUCUGUAUCAACAGUUCAGAAUGAGUAUAAUUAUGUAAAUAAUGAGGUUGUGUCUUACAUAUCACUGUAA